CUAGUUUGAACUACACUAUCCUUCCACUUAUGAGUACACAGGGGUCCGACGAUGAGAGUAAAGUUGAGCACGAGGCACCAGAGGCAUCAAGCAAAGGCACUAGGGAGGACGAAGAUUCGCCAUACGAAAUCGUGCGUAUAUCCGUACCAAACAAGGACGAUCCGAGAACACCCUCAUUGACAUUUCGGAUGUGGCUACUUGGCACUAUAUUCUGCUGUGCCAUGUCAUUUGUCAACCAGUUUUACUGGUUCCGCGAUAACCAGCUGACGCUGACAGCACCCGUGGUUCAGAUUUUAUCGUUUCCAUUGGGCUACAUACUGGCAAGGAUUCUGCCCACACGCCAGUUUCAGACAUUUGGGUUUGAGUGGACAUUGAACCCCGGCCCAUUCAACAUCAAGGAGCAUACGCUGCUGACGAUACUGGCUUCCGCCUGCGCAGAAACAUCUUAUUCAAUGGAUGUCGUUGUCAUCAAGAAGGUGAUGUUCAAGAGCGAUCUUGGGUUUGGGAGAAGCUAUCUGCUCCUAAUCACCUCGCAGCUGCUCGGAUAUAGCUUUGCCGGGUUUGCACGCAAGCUGCUCGUCUACCCUGCUGCCAUGCUGUGGCCACAGGUUCUAGUUACAGCGACAUUAUUUCGCACACUCCACGAGCAUACAAAAUGGGGCCGGUGGUCUCGCACGCGUAUAUUUUGGCUUGCCUUUUUUGCGAGCCUGAGUUGGUAUUUCGUUCCAGGAUACCUGUUCACAAUUCUAUCGGCGCUUCCGGUUCUGUGCAUUGCAGGCAAAAGCAACGUAAUUUUGCAGCAGCUCGGCGAUACCAGCAAUGGCCUGGGAAUCUUGAACUUGACCCUGGACUGGAGUACUGUCGCGAGUUAUAUUGGAUCGCCGAUCGGUUUCCCUUGGGUCAUGUCAUGUAACGUGUUUGCCGGGUUCGUACUGUUCGCUUGGGUUCUAGCCCCAAUCGGGUAUUACACCAACACGUGGGGUUCAGGCGUGUUCCCUAUAUACUCUUCAGCCCUAUUCCUCUCCAACGGCACAAAGUACAAUAUCAGCCAGAUCAUGACACCGCAGCUGAUGCUCGACACGGGAAAGUAUGCGCAAUACGGGUCCCUCCGCAUGGGCUUCAUGUACGUCGCCCAGUAUGGAAUUGGGUUUGCCGCUAUCACUGCGCUGUUUUCGUACAUCCUGCUGAAUUAUGGCAAGGAAAUCGUCCAGCGUGUGCGACUGUCGCGGUCAAUGGACGACGAUAUACAUAUGAAGCUGAUGCGCCGCUAUCCCGAGGUGCCGCUGUGGUAUUUUGCGACAAUUUUCGUGUCGAUGACAGCACUAGCAGUUGUUGUUUGCGAGGUAUUCGGCCUGCUACCGUGGACAUGGGUUCUUCUUGCUGUCUGUCUGCCGCUCACGUUCACGCUGCCAUCAGGCAUUGUGCAGGCAAUAUCAAACAGACAUGUGAGAAUCAACCUGAUCUCGGAAUUAAUGAUCGGCUAUGGCCGCCCUGGCGACCCUAUCGGCAAUGCGACGUUCAAAAUCUACAGCUAUGUGGCGAUGUCCCAGGCCCUGAGCCUGAUCAGCGACCAGAAACUGGGCCACUACAUGAAAGUGCCUCCCCGCCACAUGUUCUGGGCGCAGAUUGUCGGCACCAUUAUUGCAAGCACGGUGCAACUAGCGACUGCGUAUUGGGUAAUGCACACGGUCGAGGACUUGUGCACACAGGAGGGGUAUCCGUGGACAUGUCGCAACGCCAAUGCGUUCUUUUCGGCUACUAUAAUUUGGGGCUUGGUCGGUCCAGGACGCAUGUUUGGAAAUGGCAGUUCAUACAGCCCCAUGCUGUAUCUGUUUAUUGUUGGGAUCUUUCUUCCAGUGCCGAUAUGGUAUCUACACAGGAAGUAUCCAGGAAGUCUGUGGUCAAAAAUCCAUAUUCCAGUCAUACUGUCUAUCAUUGGCAGCAUGCCACCAUUGCCAACAGGCACAGUGGUCAAUUGGUACAUUGCCGCAUUCUUCCUGGUGUUUCUAUGGCGACGGCGACAUAUUGCCAGCUGGCAGAAAUAUGCGUUUGCAACAUCGGCUGGUCUGGAUGCAGGAGUGGCAAUUUCGGGAAUCCUUAUAUAUGUGAUUUCACAGAAUGUUAGUGCGCCUCGGUGGUAUGGCACGACCAAAAACCUGUGCCCUCUAGCCCGAACUGGCGGAUAUCUCACCCCUCGCACAUAACACCAUAUAGCCUACACUAGUAUCUUAUUGACGCAUUUUAACUAAAUACCGUCAUCAGAAGCGG